AUCGCUGUUCACUUUGAUUUUUUCAAAAAAAAUAACCGUUGGCAGCUGCAUUAAUUGCUCUAACAGCCAUAUUUUUGAAAUUCUGAACGUUAGGAACCUCUUUUUCUAUAAAUUGGGACCCCCUCUCUUCACUUUUACACACACAAACACAAUUUCCUUCAAUAUCUUUGCAUAUUUCAUCUUCUCUACUCUUCUCUUUCGAGAUUUCUUCACCAUGGGCAAAGACAAGAGCAGGGCUGCCCCCUCCGGGAAAUCCAAGUCCAAAUCUCGGGCACCAUCAACAAACUCCGAGGAGCGCCUCUACUACGGCGACGGAUCGUAUCUCUCGUUCGAUUCCGAGGAGGAGCGCACCCGUUUCCUCACCUUCUUCUAUAAACGGGUUGUGGCUCCACCGCGGAUUGUUCCGGAGCGCUUCCUGGAGUUGCAGGGAUACGAUGAUCUAGACGCGCAGCUUCACCAAGCCGGCCUUUGGCCGUUUGUCUCCCAGGCUUGGAAGGAGAUCAACCUGGCGCUGAUCCGGGCCUUCUACUCCAACCUCUGGCAUGAGGACGACGUGCUCUACUCUCUUGUCAAGAGCACGUCGAUUGAGCUUUCCGUUGAGCAGCUUGGGCGCAUCGCCGGCCUCCCUUACCAAGGCGACGAUCUCAUCCGCCAUGCCUCGGGCCGUCCCACCAUCCACUCCGCGAACCCCGAGAGCCGGCUCCUUCUCUACAUCGUGUCCCGAAUCAUCAAGCCCCGGAAGCAUGGGCACACGAUCAUGUCCGGUGAGGACCUCAAGCUUCUCCACGCGAUCAUGCACACGGUCCCGAUCAAUUGGGAAAAGUUUGUCAUGAUCAACAUGACGGUCGCCGCGUCCACCGACCACGAUCACCUCCUCCCGUACCCGUUCGUGGUGAUGGACAUCCUUGAACGGUUCAAGGUAACCACCACUGUUGGCCCGCUCACAAAGGCCACGAAGCUUUGGACGAUGAGCACCCAAACUUUCACCAAGCGGUCGGACAACGCCGCACCUGCCACUGCCGCGCCACGCCGCACUGCCACUGCCGCUGGCCCAGCCGAACCCCAGGCCCGAGCCAACCUCGCCUCCAUCGCCGACUCCCUCAACCGCCUUCACUUCAAAGUUGAUGGGAUGGAUGGUUACCUUGAGAGGCUCGACGAGGCGGUCCAACGCCAAGGGUACGCCAUGAACGCGUACUUCCAAUGCGUUAACUACGUCCCCCCACUGUACCAAGGCAUGUUCUUUGGGCAAAUGUAUGGUGACGAGGACGAAUACGAUGCCUCCUACGCCCCGUCAAGCUCCCCGGGCGAAGAUGAGUUCGACGAUGCCAUCGAUGGGGAUGAGAUGGACGACAGCGACGACGACGAGGAAACCGAAGACGAAGACUAGGACACCCCUAAAAAUUGUAUCUCUUUUUUAUUAUUGUCCUGUUUUUCUUUAAUCGCUUCCGUUGUACUCCGUUAUUUCCCAAUUUAAUCAAUAAAAUUAUCUUUUAUCUUUUUGUUAAUGUCAAAAGGGGGAAGAAAAGGGUUAUGCAUAC